AUGUUACCAGAUCACACAAGCUCAUCGCUGCCUACGAGAUCGAGCACUUCACACACCUGGACAUGGCGAGACACCAUCACCCACCCUACCAGUGUCGGAAAGACUACCACGGCAACAUUAAGCAGUUCCCAAUCUCGAGCGAUCCUGAUCGCGGCGCUCUCAUGCGCCUGCGUCAGCUUGGUUCUGGUCUUGAUUACCUUGAGAUGGUUUCUUAUGAUGCGCAGGUACUUCCGACAUAGGUUGGUCCUGCAUCUGAUUGCCAGCGACACCUUCAAAGCCAUCUGGUAUUUUGUCUUCCCAGUUGUGGUAUUUGCGGGAGGCCCAGCUGGCAGCACAUCGAACUUCUGCCAGGCAAGCGGCUUCUUGCUCGCCUUCGCCAUCGAGGCCAGCGACAUGGCUAUUCUUAUCAUCGCGCUACACUCAACUCUAUGCAUCCUACGAUCGGACAGCACCAUCGGAGAAGGCGGCCUGGACCGCUACAGCAGCUGGAUUUACCCCUUGUGGCUUGGGCCGCCGCUUUUGGCUGCUUCGUUCGCCUUCAUCAACAAUAACGAAGGCUACACUCUGGCUGGCACCUUUUGCUAUCUCCCUAAACGCCCAUUUUGGUAUCGACUGGCGCUUUCCUGGGUGCCUCGAUAUCUCAUUAUCAGCUUGAUCCUGAUCAUGUACGUCUGGAUCUACAUCUAUGUUCACGUCAAAUUUCGCGGCUUCGAAAACCUCGGUGCAACAGACGACUCCUACGAUGCUGAGGUGAGACGCCGAUCGGGCCUUUCUAUGAAAUCAAAUGAUGUCGAGCGAAGAGGAACCGACCGAAGCAGCGGAGCAUUGCCACCGUCAAUCCUCAGCCCAUCGUACAGGCAAACCCAGAAUCAGAUUCUAGGUAUUGGGACCAACUUGACCACCCCGCAGCUUCAGCCCUGGGACCACAUGCACUUCAUUACAUCAAAGCCGCUAGAAGUACCCAUAGCCGAGAUGGUUGAUGAAAGUGAAGCUGGAAACAUGAUGGCGCGCGGGAGUGGAUGGUCCGGGGAGACUCACGUUCCUCUUACCGACUGCCCCGGACAACCUAUACCUGCCAGAGAAACGGAAUCAAAGCGUGAGGCUGAUUCGCAUAAACCGGCCGGACGACCUGCUAUCUACUGCGGCUUAAACGUGACACCAGAUGAUCAGAGGACGCAAUCGUUAAACGCUUCUGCCCGGCUCGAGGAUCCACUCAGGAAGACCCGAAUGGCCAUUCGUAAGCAACUACGGUAUGUAUUCAUCUACCCUCUUGUGUAUAUCAUCAUGUGGAGCUUCCCAUUCGCAUCACACGCGCUGAACUACAACGACUAUUACGUUCAGCAUCCAGUCUUCUGGCUCUCCCUGGUCCAGACGAUUAUGCUUAGUCUGCAAGCUGGAGUUGACAGCAUCAUGUUCUCGUGUUCAGAGAAGCCUUGGAAAAGGGUCGACGCAUCCUCGAAAUUGUCCUUGCUGUUCCUCCAGCGCCAGAUCGAGAAGUCUCCCGUCUCCUCGCCGGAUCAUCCAGCCCAGCAGCAACCCGCGACCAACCACAAUCCGACAUGGUGGGAAGCGGAAGGUCGUCGUCGCAAUGACAGCAUAUGGCUUGGGACCAGCACAAUCUCACACACAUUGUCUUCACUUACGGUCUGGACACGAUCAAGAAGUCCACACAAGCAAGGACAAGAUCGCCAGGCCCAGAGAGGGAGCUAUGAGCAGGGUCCUGUAAUUCUUCCCCGGCUCCCUCCCAUCUCAGCAGGAACAGGCACUCUUUCGCUCAAUCGGAAUGCCCCAGAAGAAACUAGUUCUGGCAGCCCUGCGUAG